AUGAGAUUGAUUUCCAAACCUGUCUUGAGGACUGAACUUGUUAAAGAAAAUUGUCCUCCACUUGGUCUAGAGACAUUAAAAAUUACUGACUUCCAGCUCCAUGCCUCUACAGCAAAGCGGUAUGGCCUUGGGGCCCACAGAGGAAGGCUUAACAUUCAGGCAGGUGUUAACGAAAAUGAUUUUUAUGAUGGUGCUUGGUGUGCAGGAAGAAAUGACCCAUAUCAGUGGAUUGAAGUAGAUGCUCGAAGGCUAACAAAAUUCACUGGAGUCAUCACACAAGGAAGAAACUCUCUCUGGUCGAGUAACUGGGUGACCUCUUACAGAGUAUUGGUGAGCAAUGACAGUCAUGCAUGGACUGCUGUCAGAAAUGAAUCUGGAGAUGUGAUUUUUGAAGGAAACAGUGAAAAAGAGAUCCCAGUUCUCAACAAGUUGCCGGUGCCUCUGGUUGCACGUUACAUCCGUAUAAACCCUCGGUCCUGGUUUGAAGAAGGUAGCAUCUGUAUGAGACUGGAAAUCUUAGGAUGUCCUUUGCCAGACCCAAAUAAUUAUUACCACAGAAGAAAUGAAAUGACAACCACAGAUAAUCUUGACUUUAAGCAUCACAACUACAAGGAAAUGAGGCAGUUGAUGAAAACCGUGAAUAAAAUGUGCCCGAAUAUCACAAGAAUUUACAAUAUUGGAAAAAGCAACCAAGGACUAAAGCUGUAUGCUGUUGAGAUCUCUGACAACCCAGGAGAACACGAAGUUGGUGAACCAGAAUUUCGGUACAUUGCAGGAGCUCAUGGGAAUGAAGUGCUCGGACGUGAGCUAAUCCUUUUGUUAAUGCAGUUCAUGUGUCAGGAAUACCUGGCUGGGAACCCGCGCAUUGUACAUCUCAUUGAGGAUACCAGAAUCCACCUCCUGCCCUCAGUCAACCCAGAUGGAUAUGACAAGGCAUAUAAAGCGGGUUCAGAAUUAGGGGGCUGGUCUUUAGGACGAUGGACUCAGGACGGCAUUGACAUCAACAAUAAUUUCCCUGAUUUAAACUCUUUGCUCUGGGAGUCUGAAGAUCAGCAGAAGAGUAAAAGAAAAGUUCCAAACCAUCACAUCCCAAUCCCCGACUGGUACCUGUCCGAAAAUGCCACCGUGGCAGUUGAGACGCGGGCAAUAAUAGCAUGGAUGGAAAAAAUUCCUUUUGUGCUGGGUGGCAAUUUGCAGGGAGGGGAGCUGGUGGUGGCGUACCCCUAUGAUAUGGUGCGAUCGAUGUGGAAAACCCAGGAUUACACACCUACCCCAGAUGACCACGUCUUUCGCUGGCUUGCAUAUUCCUAUGCCUCCACUCACCGCCUGAUGACAGAUGCGAGAAGGAGAGCGUGUCACACGGAGGAUUUCCAAAAGGAGGAUGGCACUGUUAAUGGAGCGUCCUGGCAUACCGUGGCUGGAAGCAUAAACGACUUCAGUUAUCUGCACACAAACUGCUUUGAGCUAUCCAUCUACGUUGGCUGUGACAAGUAUCCCCACGAGAGUGAGCUGCCCGAAGAAUGGGAAAACAACCGCGAGUCCCUGAUUGUUUUUAUGGAACAGGUCCACCGAGGCAUCAAAGGCAUAGUAAAAGACGUGCAUGGAAAGGGAAUCCCAAAUGCUGUUAUUUCAGUAGAAGGCGUUAACCAUGACAUUCGCACAGGAGCCGAUGGGGAUUACUGGCGUCUUCUCAACCCAGGAGAAUAUGUGGUGGGUGUGAAGGCAGAGGGCUACACCACCGCCACCAAGACCUGCGAAGUCGGCUACGACAUGGGAGCUACCCAGUGCGACUUCACCAUCUCCAAAACCAACCUGGCGAGAAUCAAGGAGAUCAUGAAGAAGUUUGGGAAGCAGCCGAUCAGCCUGUCCAUCCGGCGGCUCAGGCAGAGGGCUCGGCAGUGGCGGGAGCAGCGAUAGACCUCAGCUCGGC